AUGAUUGAGCAAUCACUUUGCUGUCUCUUCAUACCAUUUAUGAUUGGCUGGGGUUGGGGCACAAUUAUUGUUUAUUUUUCUUUAGUUUGUUAUUUGAAUAUGAGUCCCUUAGUCUUUCUUUAUUGUUCUAUUUCUUUGCCAUAUUUAAAUCUUUUUCUUUUUCCCUUUUAUUUAACAUCAUUCUCCUUUUUUUCUUUCAUUUUUGCAUCAGAUCAUUCUUUUUGUUGCCAUCUUUCAACACUUAACUUUUUCCUUUCAUUUUUUUUCUUUUCCUCCUUUCUUUCCUCCUUCCUUUCUUUCCUCCUUCCUUUCCUUUCUUUCCUCCUUUCUUUCCUUUCUUUCCUCCUUCCCUUCCUUCUUCCUUCCUUUCCUUCCUUCUUCCUUUCCUUCCUUCUUCCUUUCCUUCCUUCUUCCUUUCCUUCCUUCUUCCUUUCCUUCCUUCUUCCUUUCCUUCCUUCUUCCUUUCCUUCCUUCUUCCUUUCCUUCCUUCUUUCUCUUUCAAGUUAA